AUGUUCUCCAUGUUAUUCCGUUGGGUGGUGCUUGUGAUGUUCAUCGCAUUCACCGUUGGUGGAAAUGUGUUGGUUUGUUUAGCGGUGGGCACGAGUCGCCGGCUUCGCCGCAUCAACAGCUGCUUCGUGGUGGCUCUGGCUGUAACAGAUCUGCUUCUCGGCCUGCUCGUGCUGCCUCUCAGUGCCACGUUAGAGCUGCGUGAUGGUCGCUGGCCAUUAGGGGGCACCAUUUGCAACAUCUAUCUCUCUGCAGACGUGACUUUGAGCACCGCGUCAAUCUUCACAUUGCUCGCUAUCAGCGUGGAUCGUUACGUGGCCAUUUCAGCGCCAUUCAGCUAUACCAUGAGGCUUACUAAAACACGAGCGGCAGCAGCAAUUGUGCUCAUUUGGAUCCUUUCUCUCACAGUGGGCUUCGCUCCCAUCCACAUGGGCUGGAACAUGGCAGAUUUCCACGUGCAGAACCGUGACUGGAGGAUGGAGGAUGAAGGAGGUGAGGGACAGACUUGCCGUUAUGAGUGGAACAAUAAUUACGUGCUGCUUGUCGUUUUCUGCAUCUUCUUCUUCCCUCUGCUGGUCAUGUGUGGGAUGUACCAUCGCAUCUUCUGCAUGGCACGUGAACAGGUGCGUCGUAUCCGUGCUGCCACACCGUCCUUCACUCGUUCAUCAACAUUGCUAAGGGGGGCCACGCUGAGGGAACACAAAGCCACCGUGACUCUGGCUGCCGUGCUUGGAGUCUUCAUCAUCUGCUGGCUGCCAUACAUCAUCUUCUUCACCUGCAUGGGCCUGAGGCACGAAACUGAGCCACCCCAACUCGCACACUCCGUAGUGCUAUGGCUGGGUUACUUCAACUCAGCCCUGAACCCCAUCCUGUACCCCACCCUGAACCGAGACUUCAGACGCGCCUAUGGACAUCUGCUGUGCUGCAGGAACCCACGCAAGAACACUUCCAUCUCCAUAAGAACCUCGGAAAAAGAACGAAGCGUCAUUUCUAAUGAGUUUCAGAGUGCGAACAAAUGCAGCAAGUCAUCCAUGGAGAAGCAUCUCCACCGGAAAGACAUUAAUGAUGUUGAUGCAAGUCCAGAACACACCAGCUAACACUGUCUUUCUAACACUGUCUUUCACUGUUAUAUAUGAUUAAAAUGUGUGCCUGAUUAAAAAA